AUGAGAACUACUAGUGGUGAAAUAGUGGAGACUCUACCAAGAUCCUUUCAGGUACAUAGUAAAAUAUGCAUGGAAUUGAUGAGAAUAUUGGAUGAUAUCAUGAGGAUAUUUCCAGAUAUAGAGGAUGCAAGACCAAAAUGUUCAUCAGGAAUAGAAUCUCUGGUUUAUCUGAACAACUCAAUUCAGAAAGCUAAACUACUUCUACAACAUUGCUCUGAAUGUAGCAAACUCUACCUGGCAGUGACAGGAGAUACAGUACUUUUAAGAUGCCAAAAAGCAAAAAAGUCAUUAGAACAAAGCUUAAUUCCCAUUCAGAGUAUGGUUCCAGUUGUGUUGGCUGUUGAGGUUUCUAGAAUAGUUGAUGAUCUUGAGCGUGCUACAUUUGUUCUGGACUCUGCUGAAGAAGAGGCUGGGAAAGUUUUAACAGAAUUGCUUCAGCAAGGUACUUCGAACUUGGUUUCAGCGGAAGAUUUUGAACUUAAAGCUCUUGAGUUUGCAGCACCGAGGCUGAAUAUAACAUCACAAAAGGCCUUAUUAAUCGAGGGACGGUCUAUUAAAAAGUUGCUAGAUAAAAUUGGACCAAAUGACCAGAAAAAGAAAUCGGUAGUUAAUCGACCUGUUGGUAUCUUUGGAUCUUUGUGGUCAUAUUUUUGUUGCUUAAUAUCCAUGGUUGACAUGCAUAUUUCUGGAUUGCAUUCAUUCUUAUUAUUGCUGCUAGGUAUGCGUAGCUUGGACCAAAUGGUAGUCAAGGAAGGAUCAUGGUCCUAG